UAACAGCCAUGCAACCACGCCAUUUAAAUAUUUUAAAAGUCGUGCGUUCCUCCUGUUUAUCUCAAGUGUGAAAGAGGAGAAAGGCGGAUAAACUAUACGCUUGAUCCACUAGAUUUGUCUCGUUUGAGGUAACAUUAAAAAUAAGCAUCAUGGGAUCAAAUGACAGCAAGAUGGCUGCAGCCAUUAAACCAGAGCCAGCCAUCAAAAAGACCCACAUCAGUCAUCUCAUCGAUCCACGCUCCCCUUCAUCUGGCAUUGAGCGAACACCUAUUCAGGUUGGGCAGCCUGUCUCCAGAACAUCUGCUGAGAUGAAAAGCGAGUGCCCUGUGGUAUUUAAUGAUCCACGGUCACCUACCAUUGGCAUUACCCGCACCCCUGUGAGAGAAGUUGUGAGAGCAACAGUUGGGUCCUUUGCUCGCCGCCUGGGCAUGAUUUUCCACAGUGAGGUUGAAGGGAAAGCCCCUGAAGACCAUCAGAAACGCUUUAGCAGCACCAUGAAGGAGGACUUCACAGGAGAAGAGCUGGCCUCCACUGAGCCCCUCCUGAGUCCACAGCUGUUCAGCAACCUUGGCUCACUGGCUGAACAUGCUAACCUACAGGUGACCCCUGUGCAGCCUCCUCUGCAUGCCAGGGGAGACUCUAAUCCUUUUGUGCUUCUUGAAGAGCCUCAGGUGGAGGUGGAGGUAACUGAAGCAGAUAUUACCCUGGAGGAGGCUGAGGAGGCGAGAGAGUCCCCUCUUCACAAGAGACUGAGCAUGAGCCUGAUAACUUGCCAUGAGGGUGCGCCCUCCACCCAAGUCUUUGUGGAGGUCCAUCGUGAAAAUAUUUCAUCCCCAGAACCUGGCGCAGAGACGGAGCCGCUCGGGCAUGGUGUGGAUCACGCUUACGCACUUCCUUCUGUCACCACUGAAGCAGACUCUCCUGUUGAACCGGCCCCCACCACUGAUGCAGAUGAUCCCCCUGCACAACCAGAGGAUGAAGAGAAGCUGCCAUCUUCUGAAGAAACUAAAGAGCUCAUUAAAGAGUCUGCUUUGCCUCCAUCUGAUCCACCAUCUGCUGCUGGUCCUGAGCAGCCACAGGCCAGCACUGGCAUCCGCUGCCCCACCUUCGACUCAAAGAGCCCCAGUCAGGUGGUUUUUAAACCACAGUGGCUGGGAAAAGGCUUUGGUCCUUCUGGGCUCAGACUGAGAGGAGUGCAGGGGCUCACCGGAAAAGGAGGCUCCUCUCCUCUUGCUGUCCGUGUGGCCGUUAAGAAUGUAAACAAUGAAAACAAGGGACAGUCUGGAAAACUGAAGCAGAAAGGCACUGAAGGCCGCUCCCCACUGCAGAUCCUCAAGGAGACCAACUCGCCCAGAGACCAGCGUUCUCAGAUGAAGCUGAAGGCGUCCACCCCAGACAAGCAGAGGCCGGGACAGCUGGACCGCCGAGUGCUGGCUGUGUCUCUGGAUAAGGAGAACCGAUGAGACGCUGUGGUCAUGUUUUUAAAAAAAUGUUUUUAUUUGUAUAGUUUUUAUAAACCAUUUGUUGUGGUGUGUUUCUGUGUGUGUAUUACUUUAACUGCCUUCUGCUGUCCUCAUCUACCUUGUUGUGUAAAUAAAAUUGGUAAAUCUACUUCAGCUUUGAAUGUUACUGGUUAACACUUAUCUAUUAUUUGGGUAAUUUUCUUGUAUGUUUUUUUUUUUUU